AUGCAAUGGACCAGACAACGAGAUAUGGUAAGACCGAUUAAUGAUAAUGUGCCAUGCAUUGGUAACAAUGGACUUCUAGGGUUUGAUCCUCACGUAUAUACAAGCGGUCGAUGGCUCCGGAACGACAAAUGUCAACGCCAGUUACGCCAGAUCAACGUGAACUUUCAUAAACUCUGCCAGAAGAUAGUGGAUUUAUUCAACGGGGAAAAAUCCAUCAAAGAUUGUGAAAAAAAGGAGGGCGGUUUCAACAGGGUGUUCAUUUUCACAAUGGACGACAACUCGCGUGUCGUGGCGCGACUGCCAUUUCCAUUAGCUGGGCCCGCAAAAUUAGCCACGGCUUCCGAAGUGGCGACGAUUCAAUAUUUGCAAAGGAAAACGAGCAUUCCGAUCCCGAAAAUUCUUGACUGGAGCGACGAUGCGGCAAACAGUAUUGGAAGCGAAUACAUAAUCAUGAAUCAUGCGGCUGGCAUUCAGUUACAUCAGAAAUGGCCCUAUAUGUCGGGUGAUCAGAAAGUUAGGUGCAUAGACGCCAUCUACAGAAAGCUCGGGGAGAUGGCCGACGUCAACUUUCCGGCAUAUGGAAGCUUAUAUUUUUCAACCGCACCAUUGGAACCUGCGUCUAGGCUACCGCUAGAUGAGGGCUUCUGCGUGGGGCCUCACUGUGGAACAAGAUACUGGAGUUGUGGCGACCAUAGACUUGGGGAUACAGGGCUGACGAUAGGUGCAUUUUCCGAUGGCCUCGUUGAUGCCGGCCUUUCAAGGAUUCCACCGAGAGAUUCUCAACUCCCAAAUCGGCCGCCCUAUCACGGCUCAGUACAGACGCAUUUAGACCUUCUCAAACAGGGUCGCGCAGUGCUACACGCAAUGUCCGCUGAUAGUCGCGUUCAAGACGCGGCUUCACCGACCUUAUUUCAUCCCGACCUACAUAAAAGGAACAUAUUCGUUUCGGAUAAUGAUCCUUCGAUAAUUACGGCUAUUAUUGAUUGGCAAUCAUCCUCCAUAGAGCCGGCGUUCUGGUACGCAGAUGAGGUUCCAGACUUCGCCACUUGUGCACCUUCCACAUCGUCCGCGCUAAGGGUGCAUGACGGCGAGCUGUGCAAAAAGGCCUAUGAAGCUUGUACUCAAUUUCUCGUUCCAAAGCUUGCUCUCCCUAGGUUGAUGGACGAAGGGAUGUUUCGGCCUUUUUGGUACUGCUACAGAACAUGGAAAGAUGGCGUCGUUGCUUUUCGACACGAGCUCAUUGAAACCUCCAAGGACUGGAGAGCGCUUGGGUUUGGCGGGCCGUGUCCAUUUGCCUUACCAACACCAGAAGAGUUGGCUCUUCAUCGCAAGGAAUACAAAUUUUUUGAGGCGGCACAGAACCUCAAACAUGAUUUGUCGAGCCUCCUUGACUGUGCGUCUGAUGGAUGGGUCCCUCCGGACAACUGGGAAGCGGCAAAAACAGAAAACAAGGCAAUGUUCAAGGGGAUGUUGCAAGCCAUACUGGAAAACAAAGAUCCGGAUGACGACGAGCCAAUCAGAGAUGAAAAGAACCUGCGAGAUAUCUGGCCCUUUGAUCUGCCAGGCGAGUAA